UGCUCCAGGAAACCCGGGCAUCCGCAGGGGCUCCCCUAUUGCUCCAGUGGACUGGCGGGGCUGGGACCGCGGGGCUGGGACCUCGGCUCUGGGACCUGCGGUUGCACCGCAGACAGAGGCGUGCCCCACGGGUGGGUGUGUCCGUUUCCACCCGCUGGCCUUCCAGCCCGGAGAAGAGCUCCUGAAAUCGGGUAUUUUGUCCCCCAAGACAGGUUUUGUCUUCGGUAAACCCGGAUCCAGAAGUGCAACUUUGCGGCCGGGUCUCGCGUAGGGCCUUUGGGGGGGGGGGGGGGCUGGGAAGGGGAGGAGCGGAUCUUGUCGGCAUCCUCCAGGAGGAGGCGGGCUGCGAGAGCGAGGGCAGCGGGGCUGGGGGAGUUCCCACGGGCGGUGGGAGGCUGCGAGAUUGGCUCCGACCCGGGUCCCGACCGUGCGGUGACGCUCUUGGAAGCCCGCCCUGCCCCCCACCCCAGCCCCCAGUCCCCAGCCCGCCUAUUCCGUGCUUAGGGCGUGAGGGGUGGUUGGGAUCUGUCUGGACCAGAGCAGAAAACUUUUACCCUCCUGGCCCCCGAGUCCCUUUUGUCUUUCUUGGAGGCGGCGAUGACUCCUGAGCUGCGAGUCCCUGCCUCCCGGCCGGCGCGCUACGCCCGCUGACCUCCGAGGGAAGGAGCGCUCGGGCUCCUUGCGCUCGAUGGCGGCGGCCCGCGGCCCCGCGACCCGCGGUGGACACAAGCAGCAGCGCAGCCCCCGCCCCGAGACCGCCGCCGCCCCCACGGCGCGUGGGUAAGGGGCGCCCCCCACCCUCCGCCGCCGGUCCCCCGCCCUCGCCGCCCGCCCCCUCGCCUGACUCAUCCGCCCGCCGUGGCCGCGCCGCGUCCGCCGCGGGAGCCCAGUCGGGAUGGGGAGGGAGCCCGCGGCUGCCGGCGGCUACCGAGAAUCCCGCUGACGCCCCCGAGCCCGCAGCCUCCUCCGCUCGUCUGAAGAGGCGCCCGACGUCCCAACUGCUCCAGCAGUGAGAGUCCGGAGAGACCCCAGGACCCCAGAGGCCGUGCGCUCAAGACAGAGCAAAAGACUGAGCUAUGAUAGCAACCGGUGGUGUGAUAACCGGCCUGGCUGCCUUGAAAAGGCAAGACUCUGCCAGGUCACAGCAUCAUGUCAGCCUCAGCCCCUCGCCUACUGCCCACGAGAAGAAACCAGUCAGGCGGCGGCCUCAGGCCGAUGUUGUAGUCGUUCGAGGCAAAAUCCGGCUUUAUUCCCCAUCCGGUUUCUUCCUCAUUUUGGGAGUGCUUAUCUCCAUUGUAGGAAUUGCAAUGGCAGUCCUUGGAUAUUGGCCCCAAAAAGAACAUCUUAUUGAUGCUGAGACGACACUGUCAACCAACGAGACUCAGGUCAUUCGGAACCAAGGUGGCGUGGUGGUCCGCUUCUUUGAGCAACAUUUGCAUUCUGAUAAAAUGAAAAUGCUUGGCCCUUUCACCAUGGGGAUUGGCAUUUUCAUAUUCAUUUGUGCCAACGCCAUUCUCCAUGAGAACCGGGACAAAGAAACCAAAAUCAUACACAUGAGGGAUAUCUAUUCCACAGUUAUCGACAUCCACACGCUGAGAAUCAAGGAGCAAAAGCAUAUGAAUGGCAUCUACACUGGGUUGAUGGGAGACACAGAAGUAAAACAGAACGGGAGCUCCUGUGCCUCGAGACUGGCUGCAAAUACCAUUGCCUCUUUCUCGGGUUUUAGGAGCAGUUUUCGGAUGGACAGCUCUGUUGAGGAGGAUGAGUUUGCACUAAACGAAAAUAAGAGUUUGGGGCAUCUCAUGCCCCCUUUGCUUUCAGACAGCUCCGUCUCCAUCUUUGGUCUCUAUCCACCUCCCUCCAAGACGACCGAUGAUAAGACCAGCGGCCCUAAGAAAUGUGAAACCAAAUCAAUUGUGUCAUCGUCCAUCAGUGCUUUUACAUUGCCUGUGAUCAAACUUAAUAACUGUGUUAUUGAUGAGCCCAGUAUAGAUAACAUCACUGAAGAUGCUGAGAAUCUCAAAAGUAGGUCAAGGAAUUUGUCGAUGGAUUCGCUCGUGGUCCCUGUGCCCAAUGCCAAUGAGUCCUUCCAGCCAGUCAGCACCGUGUUCCCAAGGAAUAAUUCCACUGGGGAGUCGUUGUCGAGCCAGUACAAGUCUUCUAUGGCCCUCGGACCCGGGGCUGGACAGCUCUUGUCUCCUGGGGCUGCUAGAAGACAGUUUGGGUCCAAUACUUCUUUACAUUUGCUCUCGUCACAUUCAAAAUCCUUAGACUUAGACAGGGGUCCCUCCACCCUAACUGUUCAGGCAGAACAACGGAAACACCCAAGUUGGCCUCGGUUGGAUCGAAGCAAUAGCAAAGGAUACAUGAAACUAGAGAAUAAAGAGGACCCCAUGGAGAGGCUGCUUGUACCCCAAGCUGCGAUCAAAAAAGACUUUACCAAUAAGGAGAAGCUUCUCAUGAUUUCAAGAUCUCAUAACAAUUUGAGUUUUGAACAUGAUGAAUUCUUGAGUAACAACCUAAAGCGGGGAACUUCUGAAACGAGGUUUUAAUGUUCAAAAAUAUAUCAUUUUACAAGGCUAUAUAUUUUAAAACUAUUUUCACUGAUGUUCCCCUGUUAAAGUAUGAGUCAUACGUAUUUUUUAUCAAACGGUUUGUAGUGGGUUAGACCUGGUUGCUUAAUUCUGUGGCAGCGAUGGCUGUAUGUUCGGGUUACUUAUGAUCACAGGACUUUCUCUGAUCACCCAUGAUUUUAUAUUCUCCCUUCUUUUGAAAAUGUAUCUCUUCUAUCAAUAUGAACACAGAACACUUCCACCUGUACUAAAACUCCCUUUCUUUACUUUUAAAUUCUCUCAUUGAUGGUCAUCUGCAUAGGAUGAAUUGUCCAGAAUACAAAUUUUCUAAACAACUGCUUUUUUUUAAAAAUAAAAAAUCAAUUAAAUUAUUUAAAAGGAGAAAGAUCUAGUUUCUGGGUGAGCUAAAUAAUUUGGAUUGGUGAAAUUGGUCUAGUUCCAUGUGAGCUAAUUGAUAGGAAUUAUUUAAUUUUGUUGUGGUUAGUACCCUGAGCUCUGGGGCUCUUUUUUCAUUAUUUGUUCUAUUUUAGUGCUAUUUUAUCAACAAACCAUGUAUUAAAGAACCAUGGCUGAGAGUGCCAGGUAUUCUUAGGGGUAAAUAUCAAAAUGCUAUUAGCUAUAACUUUAGGUACUCAGAAUCAAAAUUUAUCUGCAUCUAACUUGAAAAAGGAAUGAACCAAUUUAGUUUGUAGGAAUGCUAUCUUGAAAUAAUUAUAUACAUGAAGAAGAUAUUGAUUAGUCACAAAAAUACACUAUGGGUUAGUUAAUGCUAACUAGUCUCCAUAUCUUUCCUAGCUAUCUCUUUUAUCAUCCAGCAUCCAUUCAUUCCCACAUCCUUCUUUUCCCUCAAGAUUUUUCAGAUCCUGUUCUUUGGAAAAUAAUCAGCUAACCUUGACUUUUCUUUUUAUCUUUGUGUAUCACUAGCUUGGUGAUUCAAGAAAAUUUAGUCCUUGACAAAUUGCCUUGAAAUUUAUCUUGUGCUGGAAAGCCUUAUGAAGACCCUAAAGACUUUCUUAUGGUGUAAUACAUUUUGGGGAUUGUAACUCUCAAUUAUUGAAGAUAACAAAUAUGAAAAUGAAUGUUUCCAUCAGAAAAUGUUCAUGUUUCCCAUAAGGUAACAUUUAAUUGUAAGAACUGUUUAAUGGAAUCCUCAGGAAAUUUUACAGGUUCUUCCUAAUGCCUAAAUGUUACCGAGCAUCAGUAUUAUUGCAGCUAUUGUGGAAAAGGAGAAGGAAGAUAUAUUUCUGUGUGUAGCUCCCCACAAUUCCAUCUUGUGAUGGCAUCAUGACAUUGAGUCAAUGUUACUUGUUAGAACACCAAGCUUGUAUACUGUAAUAGAGUAGACUCAAUAUUUUACUAUAAAGCAUUUAAUAAACUUCUGUUCUUAUUAGAAAUUUGUGUUCUGCCUACAUUUGCUAUCAUUUUUUAAAGAUGCAGUUCUGUUUAAAGUAUUGUUUUUCAAACUUUUGAGAAAUAUUCUGCUGAAGACUCUUGAUACUCCAGUAUAUGUAUUGGGUUCUGUGGCUUUCUUAUUUUGCUCCUA